UAGUCGUUUUUUGUCACAUGAGUCGAAAUGAGUCAUUUCUAGGAAAACUUUAUUUUUAAACCUUUAAAAAUCAGUAAUGCCUUACGUGGCGAGCAACAAUCUAGGCUACUAUUCUGUAGUGUACAGUUUGAGCCUUUUUAUCCUGAUUUGUGUCGGAUUGUACUACAAUCUCUCCGGUCUUGGAACAAGAUUUGAUAUAGGAUGGUUUUUGGAGGAGACAUCCCCAUUCAUGUGGGCAUCUCUUGGUAUAGGACUGGCAAUUUCCCUGUCUGUGGUUGGUGCCGCAUGGGGAAUUCUCAUCACAGGUUCAAGUAUUUGUGGAGGAGGUGUUAAAGCACCAAGAAUCAAAACCAAGAACCUUAUCAGUAUUAUCUUCUGUGAGGCCGUUGCAAUUUAUGGAAUCAUCAUGUCAAUUGUUAUGUCUAACUACAUUUCGGCUGUAGAUAUCACUGGCUUCAAAACCCAAGAGGCAAUACAAAAAAUUCAUACAACAGGAUUUCUGGUUUUUGCUGCUGGGUUGACAGUUGGAUUUUCAAAUCUUUUCUGUGGUAUUUGUGUGGGUAUUGUUGGAAGUGGUGCCGCUCUUGCUGAUGCCCAGAAUUCAUCUCUCUUUGUCAAGGUUUUGAUAGUGGAGAUCUUUGGAAGUGCUAUUGGGUUAUUUGGGGUCAUCAUAGCCAUUAUACAGACCAGUAAAGCAACGCCAAUGGGAUCUAUCAAGGAUUAAUAUAUUGAUGUGAGAGUCAAAUUUGUCAAAUAGCUUAAGAUCCCAUUUGUUAGUUAAUAUUGAUAACAUUAAUUUUGGUCAGGCAUUUGACUCUUAGAAAUAGGUUGCAUAUGGCUGUCAUGAAAAAUUAUUUUUUUAAAUGUCAUCAUGAUUACUUUACAAUUUUGUCUGAUAACAUGGACAACUAUGUUGGUAUGCUCAUUCUUAGUUCAAUAUUACUCUUUCCCUGAUAAUGAUGAUGAUGAUGUAUUAUUCCCAUAGCAUAACUGUUAUCAUUUAAUUUGUUUACAUUCAAUGAAGUGCUAGUUUAAGUUUCAGUGUAUUGAUGAUGUUUGUCAUGUACAUGUUUAUAAUUUGUGCCUGUGUACAGAAAAAUGGAAUUAAACUAAAGAGGUAAUGAGACAGUUUCAUGGGUAACAAAUUUUAUAACCACCUACUGCUUAUGUGCAUUUAUAAUUAUAGGUGAUCUGGAAUUCUUGAUUGAGUAAUCAAAAUUCUUGACUUCCCUUGAGAGGGUAGGGGAGUGUUUAUUAGGCAUGGAAUAUUGGUGAUAUGUGCAUUAAAAUAUUUAUCAUAAUAAUAUUUCUAAUUAUCUCUGCAGUAAUAUUUGAGAUAUUAUUCUAGUGUCAUAAUAUGGAUAUAUCAACAAAGUUGAAAAGGUAAAUUGGCCACCGUAACGAUUACAAAAGCUGACGUUUCGAGCGUUCGCCCUUCGUCGGAGCCAUGGUAACUCAACUAUUCCAGUGUCGGUCAACUAAAUGAAGUAAACUGAUGAAACAAAAUCUCAGUUAUUACAUUCUUGUUUUAAUCCUUGGCUUGAAAGAAGGUAACUCACAAAUACAAGUAAAAAUGAUAAAUCCAAUACUGAUCUUUAAAAUGUUCAAUUCUGUUAGACAUGGCGCAGGCCUUUACAUAUUGGGCCAUUGUCAGUACACACAAUAAGUUCACCUUUUUUCCAUGGUAACUCAACUAUUCAAAUGAAAACAUAGCUAAAUAUUGGAUUCUCGGCUUCCCCCAAUGGAUACUGUGAAUGUGUUUGUUAGUUUUAAAUCUGGCCCUAUGGUUGGAUAAGAAAUAAUUACAUGAAAGAAUAGCCUUAGUUCACUGUCAAGAUACAUUACAGAAACAGGAGUGGGUGGUCAUUUCAAGUGCUUAAGCGCUCAAUGACAAUUAAAGUAUACUUUGUGAGCACCAGUGUUGGCUAACACUUGUUCUACGGUCAUAUGUUCAAGCUUAACCGAGCACAAAUAAGAUAUUGAUUCUAAGUUGUCUUUGUUGCAAAGUAAUCAGCAGUUAAUGACUUCAAAUUAUUUACAUUUACAUUGUAGCACAGCUUCGGUGGAAGCCAUGUAGAAUAUUCAUACUCUUGUUAGAGUAUUAACACACAAACGAGAUAAAGGGAACGAGUGGUCAGUUUAAGGAUUACAAAAAUCUGCGAUCAGCUGCCGUGUUAGGUUUAAGAGUUAUUUACCUACUAAAUAAAAGCAAAAGAGCUUCAAAACCAA